CAAAAUCAUGAUUCUUAAGGAGAUAACUUUGCUGGUCUUUGACGUGAAAUUUAUUUCUCUGCUUCCAUUAAAAAAGUUUGGAACUUACAAGUAUUCUGAACAUUUGAGAAAUUAGUAGUUGUCCUUUAGUAACGUGUUGUCGCUUGACUUGAAAGGGCAUUAGUUGGAUAUUUAUUGCAAUGUUCCUGACUUCCUUUCUGAAAAAAAUCAGUAGCAGCGAGAACAAACCGCAACCCAAAAAAGUAGACAACGUGAUAUCAGAGGAUGACGUUCUCAUAAGUUCGGUUAACUUGCCUAGUUGGAAGGAUGGAACAGUCUGGUCGACUCCACUCAGGUCGCAACCGGAUGUUAACAGUGAAUGUCAAGAAAUCAAGGAAACAAUUACAGACCUACUGAGGAUGGUUAAGGAUCCAGAAAAGCCCAACACAUUAGCAGAUCUGCAAGUUAUUACUGAUGAGUCAGUUCAAGUACAACCCUUCGAGGGAGAUGGGUACUUGGUAAGGAUUGAUUUCAACCCAACAGUUCCUCAUUGUUCUUUAGCCAGCCUUAUUGGGCUGUGUAUCAGAGGCAAGAUACAGAAAAAUGUGUUGGAAAGAAUCAAGCUAGAUAUUGUGAUUGCAGAGGGUAAACACAGCACAGAGGAAGAAAUCAAUAAGCAGAUCAAUGACAAGGAAAGAGUUGCUGCUGCCUUGGAGAAUCCAAAUUUGAAGGAAUUGGUUGAUAGUUGCAUAGCAGAAGAAGAAUGAAUUGAAAAUGACAAUAAAUAUUAUUUUUCCUCAGA